CACUUCCCUCAGCAGACAUCAGCCAGCAGCGCACACGAGCACAGCUCUCACAGCCAGCACGCGGAUCAUCACACUGGACCCACGGUCUCGGCGCACGCCAAACGGAUCACCGAAGGAAACGCACGCACGACCGCGUCAGCUUCAUCCCACGGCGGAUCUAAAAGUUGCUGCAGCUCACCGUCUCUAACCGCCCGCGGGAGAUCCGGAUCGGCUUAGUUUUUUUGGUUUGUUUGGUUUUUUGCGCGCAGACGCUGGUGAUCCUUCUCGGUCGUGCCACAAUGUCCGAGGUGCUGCCAUACAACGAGGGCAAAAUGAGCGGCUACGGGGCGGACAGCGAGGUCAGCCAGAUGUCCUUUAGCUGCGGACUGCAGGACACAAGCGCCUACUUCGCUGCGUCGCAGGCGAAAAGACCCCCGAAGCUCGGACAGAUCGGCAGAGCCAAGAGAGUGGUCAUCGAGGACGACCGAAUAGACGAGGUCCUGAAGGGGAUGACAGACAAGUCUUCACCUGGCGUGUAAAGAUGAACGAUGUCUUGCAGACUUUUUAAAUUUCGAUCACCAAUUUGAAGCACUUGUCGGCCGUGCAUGUUCGAGGAUUGGAGGAGAAGCGACGGCACGAAGCGAGGACGGGAUGAGAAAGAAAAAACCGAACGGGAAGCAACGAAGAGGAAAGGAGACACCGAAAUGAAGAGAAGUGAAAGAAGGAAGGGAGGAAGGAAAAGAAUGGAGCGCGACUGUGGAAAAGACCAAGAUUUAUCCUGGGAUUGCUGGCAAUUCUCCAAACGAAUCCCGAUUUGAACUACUGCUGCACAGCAAGACGUUGAGACGGCGGACACACACCUGAUCUGUGUCUCAACCUCUGCUGAACUUGUCAUUACAUCAUGACCUGGAGCUCAAGUCCCGCCCCAUAAUUCAACAAGUUGUACAGUAGGUAGGCUCGGCCCCGCCCCCUCCUUUAGGCUUUGCUUUGUUCAGUCAGUAACGGUGCAUUCAUGGGAGCUGUCCUUUCGGCACCGGUCCGAUGUAGUCCUGUUGCUACUGAUCCUUUUGAAAAGAAAAGAAAAAAAAUCAGACCAACCAAACUCUCAAGAUCCGCUGUAUGUAAAAAAGUAAUUAUAUAUAUAUAUAUAUAUAUAUAUAUAUAAAUAUAUAUCCGAGGAUGGUGCAAUGUUAAUAUUUUCUUCAGUAGAACCAGAUUCCUUUGGGCCCUUCGGGGUGCAGGUCGGCACCUUCAUGUAGCUCACACACACCUGCACAAAUGUCCCCCCCCUUUUUACUUUUUAUAAGCCCAAAUAUCUACUGAGGCCAGCAGACGUGUGCAGAUUACAGUAAAUGUUUGAAAUAGUCAUGAAAUUGAUGGGAAAAAUAUGAUUACCUAUAAUUUUAUUAUUUUUUUGUUUGUUUGUUGUUUUCAAUUAUCUGUGUUUCCUUCCAUCUUCUAUAAAUUGAAAGUUUUUCUCCAUCCAUUUGCAUGAACUUUCACUCCGGUGCCAACACAGGUGGCACCACAUUUUCCCCUCCUCUGGCACGCUUCUUCUUUUUAACAAAAUUAAUAUUUGUAUUUUUAUAUCUAAAUAUUUGUUAUUUAAAUGAUAUGCUCGUCUAUCGUCUUACAAUUCAUCAACAAGAUUAUUUGUACUUCAGAGAGGAUUUGCAGAAUGAGACGAGGCAAAUGUUCCGACUCGGUCCGCUGGUCUUAUUCUCUAUCAGAGGUUGGAGGGUUGUUUAUUUUUUUUUAGACUAAAUGAAUGUGUUUUGGUUUUUUGCACACAUCAAUGUUAAACUAUUAUUAAGAAAUCGUAUACUGUGACUUGAACUUUGUUGAUGAAUUUGUUAGAAAAUGGCAGUUUUAGAGUGUAUUGCACUGUUUACGAGUAUUCUCAAAUAACACUUUCUUAUUUGACAGAUUUUUGAGCAUUACAGUUUUUUUAUUUCAUUUUAUUUUGUACCAUUAAUUUAAGGAAACUGGAUAUGGUUUGUUGUGCAUGAAACAUUAAUAUUUUCAAUAAUGAAACAUUGUUUUAUGAAGCAAAAAAAAAAAUAAAAAACCCACACAAAAAUGUCAUGACAUUCUAAGAAUGAGUCAUUGUAUAUUAUGAUGCCAUUUUCACUGUAUUUGGUGAAUUAAUAAAUGGUGAACG